AUGCGUCUGCUUUCCCUGGCUACGAUAGUAAUGGGCAUUGCUCUUUCGCUCGGUGUUCUUGUGCCCUUGGUUGGAGCCAUUCCUCUAAAAGGCGCGCCUCUGCAGCUGUUGCGCGCCCUGGAGCGUCGUGAACCGCCCUCAGCACUUCCGGAAAAGGCCACGGAUGAUCAGAAGAAAUUCCAGCCAAUUAUGGAUUUUGAUCAAGAUGGCUGCUACAACACACCUGCAAUCGACUCCAACAAUAAAACCGCCGGCGGUCUGAGACAUGACUUCACAGGUGGCGAAGCCGCCUGCCGCGACGCCUCGGAUCUCCUCAACAAUAACGUCUACGUGCGCACCCGCUGCAACGGAGGCUGGUGUGGCCACGUGUACGAUUACUACUUUGAAAAGGACGUGGCGGUCCAGCACUUCUUCGACGUUGGUGGCCAUCGCCACGAGUGGGAGCAUAUUGUGGUCUUUGUCAAGAACGACGUUGCCGAAGUGGUUGCGGUGUCGCAGCACGGGGACUAUGAUACCUGGCUGGCCAGCGACGCCACCUUUCAGGACGGUACCCACCCGAUGGUCGUAUAUCACAAAGAAGGCGGAUCGACGCACGCUUUUCGCAUGGCCGACAGGGACGACUGGUGGGCCGAGAACCACAGUAGUGCUUGGUAUCUUGGGCCACUUAUUGAUUAUGACACUGGGUUUCCCGAUGGCGUUCGGGAUGUGCUGGUGAAUCAUGACUUUGGCCGCGCGACCAUGGCGAUCAAGGAUGGCGAGUUCAAGAAGAACUUGGAUUAUGCCCGCAACAACCUCGUCGAGGGCUUUGACAGUGGUUAA